GUCUCCAAGUUGUCUUGGGACUAUGCAGAUACAUAUAUCUGCUUCCCAUAGCUGAUUGAGAAAUUUCCAUACAUAUCAAUUGCCACAAACCAAAAAAAAAAAAAAACUGAAAACUUUUUUUCUCAAAUCGAUCCAAAAGCCUUCGUCUUUCCUCAACGUUUUCAUAUUCCUUUCUGGGUUUGGGUUCUUUUGUUUCAUCGACCGUUUUUUUUUUUUUGACUGAUUCAUCGACCGUUUUUGUUUCAUUGGUUCUGCAGAAAAGGUCUAACCUUUUAUGUUUGGAGAUUUAGAGGACAUAUUAUUAUUUUGUAGUCUCUGUGUGUGUUUUUGAUUCUUUCUUUUGUGAUUGUGCCCAUAGCUCAGGGCUGAGUUUUGUCUUCUUGGAAGCUUAGAAAAAAAGCCUAUAUGGGAGGAGCACCAGCUUUCUUUGUGGAUCAUCUGGAGAAUGGACACACUAAUGGCGAUUCAUCAGUUGAAAUUGGAGAUCGAUCCUAUGUGAUUGGUGGAAGUCAUGAAGGGAACCCAUUGUUCCUUGGAGUUCAGAUUCAUGACAAAAUCACUAACAAGUGGUCUAGUCCUACUGUUCUUGGAACAGGCCCUAAACCCUGCAAGGCUUACUCUGCCUUUGUUCUUAAACAAGGCCGGAUCUUGUUUAUCAAAAAAGGCUCAGCUUCCGACGACUCUAUAUGGUUCCUUGAGGUGGAUAGUCCUUUUGUCCGGGAACAAAGGAAACUCUUAGGGAAAGAGGUUGUUGCUUGGAGCAAAGGAGUGAGAGGAAACGCAGAGAAGCCUAUUGUCAUAAGCGGUCCUUCCGGAGUCGGCAAAGGAACGCUUAUAACAAUGCUCAUGAAAGAGUUUCCUUCCAUGUUCGGAUUCUCUGUGAGCCACACAACUCGUUCUCCCAGGUGCAUGGAGAAGAACGGUGUUCACUACCAUUUCACUGAUAAAAAUGUGAUGGAGAAAGAGAUUAACGACGGGAAGUUUCUUGAGUUUGCUUCUGUUCAUGGUAAUCUGUACGGAACUAGUAUUGAAUCCGUUGAGGUUGUAACAGAUUCAGGAAAGAGAUGUAUACUUGACAUUGAUGUUCAAGGAGCGAGGUCUGUGAAGGCGAGUUCUCUUGAUGCGAUGUUUAUAUUCGUGUGCCCUCCUUCAAUGAAGGAGCUUGAAGAUCGGCUCCGUGCCCGAGGAACUGAAACAGAGGAGCAGAUCCAAAAGCGGCUUAGAAACGCUGAAGCGGAGAUUAAAGCUGGGAAAUCCUCAGGCAUUUUUGGUCAUAUCUUGUAUAAUGACAACCUUGAUGAAUGCUACAAGAGCCUUAAGAAUCUCUUGGGGAUAGACAAUGACACUCCGGUGAAUGGUGUAGAAGUAGAAGGGAUCAAUCUUCCAAAGGAGCAUACAGUAACAAAGAUGGAAGAUAAGAUUUUGAUUCAAGAAACAGGAGAAGCAGCUAAGAACAUCAGGAUCGUGUUGGAUUUAUCUUCAAUUAAUGGAGGAGCACCGGGAAGAACAAGAGGGAUCGGUUUGGGGACGUUGAAGUCCAGCUAACAAAGAGGGAAACAUUUCGUGUUGUUUUUUAUUCUUCUGUUUACUGAAAAGACUUAGAGGUUGAAAGGUUUACUAGAUAGGCACUGAUGAUGAUGAUUAUUAUGAUUAUGAUGAUUCAAACAAAGACAUGAUCUCUUUUGAGUGAUAUUUUUUUUUGUUCCUUUUACUGGUAUAAAGUUUUUGUUUACUCAAAUCUUGUAAGAAUCUCUAUUCUUUGUUGGUAUUAUUAUCAGGACAUAUAUUAAGUAUCAGAAGGUUGAAAGCA